AAGGCAGCUCAUUACAAAAUAGUUUAUUUGCUAGUUCGCAGCUCAGAUCUGAACUUGCGCUGUUUUAAUAUUGUCCAGCACUGUUAAAUAAAAGUGACGUCAAUUGUGCUCCCUACAAGUUUAUUUCGCCUACAGAAAUCCGUUUUACACAUGUUUUGCGCGGUUGAAGGCUGCUCAAAUCGCAAAUCAAAAAGCCGUUACUUUUUGUUUCCAAAGGAUGCAAAGUUGCGGCAGAGAUGGGUGGAAUUUUGCCGGCGAACGGAUAAAAUAAACACCAAACUGGAGAAAAUAUGUGUGCAACACUUUGUGGAAGGCGACUUUGAAAGGGAUUUGCCUUAUGAACUAGGAGUCUAUAAUAAACCCAGACCAUUGAAACUGAAGCCGGAAUCGGUGCCAAGUGUAAACAACAAUGAAGAAGACUUUGACUUCGAAUACGAAGAUGAACUGGAAGGAGGGGAUGAUAAGCAAGCAAAAUCAUUGGCACACAGAAAACGAAUUGUGGAUGCUCUACUAACGGAAUAUGAGGAAAAACACACCAAUGAAUCUUUGGAACAGGAUGAAGAAAUCACGGAUGACCAGCCAACUGAGGAGGUUGUCCAGGUGGUGGUCGAUGCAGACGCCUAUCUCACAACCUUGGAAAGGGAAAACAUUUUGCUGCGCCGUGAAAACUUUAAAAUGAGCUUGGCGAAUAAAAAGGACGCCGCGGAGAAGGAGAAACUGAGGCAGCAAUUGGAGGCGGCAAAUGUUCGUUACAAUAACCUAUACACCCAACUGGAAAAGGUAUUUUCCCGAUCACAAAUUCAUAAAUUACAAAGCGGCAAACGCAUAAUGUGGCCAAAGCAGGAUCUGAGAGAUGCAUUUACUGUAUAUGCGGCAAGUCCAACUGUCUAUAGUAUGCUGCUCCAGAAGAAUUAUCCAUUGCCAUCCACGAGAGCACUGUCACAAAUGAAUAACAGCGAGAAUAUCUCCAAAGUCACACAAGAUUCUUUUGAAUUUGAAGAAGGUAGCGAACUAAUAGAAAUUAUUGAUAUAUCUCAACUAGAUCACAAUUAUAUCAAUUAAAACAGUUUCAGUUUUUUUCUCA